AUGGAGGAGAAGGAUAUGGCAGUUGAUAAUGGUGACCUCACGAUAUUUUACGUUCGACCGACAGACGCUGGAGUGUACCAGUGCAAAGUUGGUUCAUUACUUGGUGACCUGGUUGUUUUGGAGGUUCUGGACGACGAGGACAAAUACGAUGUGGUGAAACCAGAAACGUCGCGGGGGCCCUACGCAUGCCCACCGGCACUCGUCACCUCGGAACUGGUGCUGUUCACCUCCUGGUCGAGCUGGGGCGAGUGCAGUCGCUGCUCCCUAGUUGGGCGACGGCGGCGAUAUGGUUACUGUUACGUUGGGUACGGGCGGACGGAGAAAGCGAUCGAGGCAAAAGAGAUUACCUCCACUUCGGCGACAGCACUUUAUUUGGACGAUGCAGAGAAGCUACUUCUAGCAUUCCCCGGCGGCUUACCCUGUCGGUCAGCGCUCUUGCCGAAGACGCUAAAGGAAUCGACACCAGUCACACGAAGGAACAACGAAAUCAUGAUUGGAAUGUGUAAGGUCCCGUGCACGAGCGACGUUUUCGAGGUUCGAACCGGCGGCGGCGAGCUCGUCGAGCGUGCGAACAACAGCGACGGGGCGUACUCGCUGAGCCAGGGGGAACCCCCGCGGCCGCCGCCCGUCACCAGGGCGGUAAUUUUCGCCGCCAAGGGCGACGGGCUGGUCGUCAAGUGUCCCGGCACCACGCUGCGGGACGUGCCCUUGAGCUGGAGGCUGGGGAGGGAGGAGGUGGCACCCAAGGUGCUGGACACCAGGAGCGGGGGGCGGGUGCACCUCAACGCGAGGGACCACAUCGUCAUUGACGACGUCCAGCUAUCCGACGCCAACGUUUACAGCUGCUGGCAACGCGAGAACCUGGCGGGCGUGGUCAAGCUGAGGGUGUACGAAGACACUCGCUCCAAGUACGGCCGAAGGCUCCUCUUGGUCGGUCUGUUUGUCUGUCUGUGCGUCGCUUUUAGGCUUACGGAGAACUUGUAUGUAUAUCAGCAACGACGCUAUUGGUCU